AUGAUGACAUCAAUCAUCGCUCACUCUAGACCAGCCGGAAUCGACCGGCAGAGAAAGGACCUCAAGAUAAAACACUACGAACAGAAAAUACCACUACCAGAUGAGGCACUACUAGUGAAACCCAUACCAAAACAACCUUGGGAGUUAACAAAGGAUAAAAUUACAUUAACUUCAAAACUUGGAGAAGGCGCAUUCGGAGAAGUUUUGGCAGAGGACACGGCGAAAUCAGCCAACUCAAAACAAUACCUGGCUGCAAUCAAAACAAAGCUUAAGGAAGAUAACAAGAAGUAUAUGCAGGAGCUAUUCAAAGAGGCCAGGCUAAUGCGGCAGUAUCAGCACAUAAAUGUGGUCGGAUUUUUCGGAAUGGUAAUGGAAAACGAAAACGUGAUGAUUGUGAUGGAAAUGGUGAACGGAGGCGGCCUUGAUCAUUACUUAAAAAAGAACACCGUCAGCAUUCCAGACAAAUGCUCCUACGCAUUUGAUGUCGCGCUUGGUCUUUAUUACCUACACAGUAAACGAUGCAUGCAC